AAGAAGAAGCAGCAAGCAGUAGAAGAAGAAGAGGAAGGGCGAGAGGAAGGGGCAGCCGUCACUUCCGUGUCGUUUUGUUUUGGUUUGUUGUCCUGACAGCAGCAGUUAGCUUCUGUUAGCUUCAGCUAAAUAUGUCAGCUACAGAGGACGACACCGAGCUGAGGGAUCUGCUGAUCCAGAACCUGGAGAACAGCGGGGUCCUCAAUAAGCUGAAGGCAGAACUGAGGGCUGCAGUGUUCCUGGCAAUGGAGGAGCAGGACAAACUGGAGAACAAAAGUCCUCUUGUCAACGAAAACCUCAAGAAGUGUCUGAACACUAAAGACGGCCGCCUGGUGGCCAGUCUCAUCCUGGACUUCCUGCAGGUGUUUGACCUGGACUUCAGCCUGGCCGUGUUCCAGCCGGAGAUCAGCUCGCUGAAUGGGCUGGACAGUCGGGACCUGGUCUGCAGAGAACUGAACCUGUCCCAUACUGAGCUGAACAGGAACUCUCCCGUCCUGCUGGAGCUUGUCAGGAGAGGACGACACAAAGCCACUGAGGGAGACAGAAGUGUGAACAUCUCUGAGGAACCGUCUCAGAGGCAGAUCGCACACGCUCAGAAGAAGUUCGACUUUUAUGACAAGGAUGGGAGCGGUUCAGUUCUGAAAGAAGAUCUGAAGAGAGUUUUCACAGACCUGUUCCCCAGUGUGAACAAGAACAUGUUGGAGACGUUCGUUGCCGAUGAGCUCAAAGCUGCAGACAAAACCUUCUGCAAAACUGUGGACAUCCAGCUGUUCCUGGACCUCUAUAGGCGUCUCUUUGCAGAGUGCAGAGCUGUGGUUGUUCAGGACUCUGAUGUGAGCCUCCGUCCCGAGGACAGGACCAGCUGCCCGCCUGUCAGUAAGAUCCCCAGAUAUAAAGGCCAGAGUGUCAGAGGACAGAGUGAGACAGCAGCACAGGACUUGGAGUGCGGGACAUCUCUGGGGACAGGAGACUUCCAGCAGCAGGUCUCCAGAAACAGUGAGGCGUCCGGCAGUGUUAACUCUUCCUCCUCCGCUGUGAAGAAGGACCUGUUGGACCUGAACCUGGACGAUGAUCCUGAUGACGGGGAUUCAUUCUUUGAUGACCCACUGCCGAAACCCCAGAAGACCUACGGCUGGGAAGAGUGCCUCUCUGGGCCAGUUGUGUCCCCCAUGAGACGAGGCAGAAGCCUCAGCGAUUUGUCUGUCCUCGCUGGUAAUUCAGAGGACGAGCGAGACGAACGUCCCUCUGGACACAGUCAGGCCUCUGAGCUCAGGACGGUGGAGACGUCCAGGUCCAGAGAGAGUCCAGCAGGGUCCCUGUCUGAGAGUCCGAGACCGGGAGGAGAAGGAAGCAGCAUGUCCCACAAAAACCAGAGCAGGAACGCAGCGUCGGACUCCAGAGAGAGGAGCGUCAGAGACUCCAAGACCCUGAAUGAUAAAAAUGGAUCUCUGCAUUUAGAUGAAGAUGUUGAAUAUGACGAUGACUUUAACAGUCAUCGGUCAGAUCUGUCGAAGAGUGAGCUCAGUAUCGGAGAGGAGAUCGAGGAAGUUUCCAUCGAGGGACCUGACAACAGCGACAAGUUGGAGGACACCACUCAGGACCUCAGUGUCUCUCAGCUCAGUCAGAGUCAUGGAGCUGACUACAUGGAGGAUGUGGCCUGAACUUCCCAUCAUGCACCUCUUUAUAUCCUCAAUAUUUAAGUCUGUACAGUUUGAACAAAUAAAUGGAUUUAUACUCA